CCCGGUAUCUACACCAAAACAAAGCAACCUACCAAGCUUAUCGCUCUCGGCACCAGCAAACUAGCCACAGCCCAACGAAGGUUGAGUCAGCCAACGGUGCGAAAGCACCCUCCGAUAACGCUACACACAGCGAUAACAUUAGUUGUAUCUGGCCUGCGUUCAUUGACAGCCGCCCCAUACCGUGAGGCGUAGCCCCAAAAAUCGUGUCCUGACCAUCGUAUCCACGAUGGACGCUCUGGACGGUGUUCCGCGAUCGGUGCUCGGCUAUCCGGUGAAAACGCGUACCCAAAUCGUGAUGACGUUUCUCGUGCCGGUGAUCUUCGAGCUGAUGGUAUACAUCGUGCUGACAACGGCGGACAUUCUCGUGACCAUCGAGCACUUCCGCAACGGUAACCCGGCCUGGGGAUGGUUCACGCUCGCGCUUAUCUGGCUACCUUCGCUGGUGUGCUUUUGCUCCAUCGUGUCCACCCCGGAACGGUGGCCGGACCAGAUUGGGUGUGACAAAUGCACGGCCGUGUUUCUGUUUAACAACAUCGCUAUCCUUGUGUUCUUCCCGCUGGCCGCUCUCUAUCGAUUUAACAGGAGAAUUUUCUGGAGCGUAGAGGCACUGUUUCACGACAAAAAUACGUACGGACGGGCACAGUCGGUGGCAAAGAUAAUGGAAACGUCACCAUGCGAGCUGUAUCACUUUCUGCAGGCUUUUCUGCAGGCCGCUCCCCAGAUGAUGCUGCAGCUCUACAUCCUGCUACGCGAUGGCACGUUUCGCAACUACGACACGGUUACGGCGCAGGUUAUCAGUGUCGUGUUUUCCUUCCUCACCAUGGCCACCAUCAUCACCAGCUUUCAGCGUUUCGAAAGCCAGAAGAUUGUUGGCCGUUGCUAUCCGUGGAGCACACCGGAACAAGCCACAACACGGCGCAAAGAGCUGAUCCGCUCGACAAGCACAGCCGACAGUGCCCUAGCCUCCCACCCACCAUCAAUCGCUCCCGAAGCCGAUCCAAUCGUGCCGAGCAUUAUGCGCAACUUUUACUCGCGCUAUGGUGGCGAAGAUGGGCGAGCAUCGGAACGGCACACGUACUCCGCCGUCCCGAGCAGUCCGCGCAAGACGUUAAACGUGUCGGCGGUCAACUUCGAUCGACAGCAAUCGAAAGCGCAUCACGAUCCGUUCGUAAACUUCACCGACGAUGAUAAGCUGCACGAGAUCAAUGUGUUCGACACGGUGGAUAGAGCUGUUGAUCGCAACGCAAAGCAGUCUGGCCGUAGCGUAAGCUUCAAGCUACGGGAUACCAUUGACGAGUUGCAGGAAAUGGACCACUAUCUGCGCAGCACGGAAGAUGUCCGCAACAUUACCGAUGACAGCGACGAUGAGUAUCUGAAGCCGGAUGAGUUCGAUGCGGUCCCAAAGAAACCGGCCCCGCCAACACCGGAAGCGUCGCCCGGUAUGUUUCAUCGGGUGUCCGUGUUCCGGAACAUGUUGCUGUUCAAUGCGGAAUCGUUCAUAAAGGAGAAAGUGCCGAGGCUGCCGGAAGGAAUGUUCGAUCAUGCAGAUCCCAACGAAACCGUGUCGCGCAAGGUGGCAAAGCCUGAUCAGCCCGAUGGUGAUGCGAUAUCGUUACCAUCGCGCCGACAGACGAUAGUGGGCCUCGAACAGGACGAUAUGGUCGGCAAAACGGUACUGUUCGUCGGCUGGGUUAUGUUCCUGCUGAUGCGCAUGCUAUCCCUAUCGACGUUCUACGUGUUCUUUCCGCUCUACUUCUGGAUGCUGGUCGCCAACCACUAUAUGCUUAUGAUCGCCUGCAUCGUUUACGAGGUGCGGUUGCACGAAAAGUUGGAGCGCUACUUCUUUUAUUUCUUCCUCGCCUACAUGUACAUCUUUUCAUUGCUAGAGUUUAAAAUACGCUUCGUUCAUGUGCGCUGGUGGUACGUUGGGUACGUCGGUAUUGUGCUGAUGGAAAACGUGGCAAUGCUAGUGGUAUGGUUCAAUCUGGGCGUCUUUGAGUCCUGGUGGUUUUACUUCCUGCACCACACGAUCAUAGUGAGUGGGGCUUUAACCAUGAUGUGCUUUCUGUUUUAUUACGCAUUUCUACGCCCGAAGGAUAAGGUACUGUUUGUGAAUGAGUGACUUUUACCUCUCGCAAGAUGGCACAUCGUGGACGCUCUCUAGGCUUGCAGGCUUCCAUUUGGGUGAGUGGAAACGAAUAUGUAGAACGUAUUUAUUUAUUUUACUAAGCGGAACAACUUAAUGACUGCUUAAAACUGCUAUCACGGCCAAAUUUUGUAGCGUUUUGAAACCUUUACAGCAGAUAGCUAUUGUCUAAUCCUAAGUAAUUUCAUGGCUUUUAAUAUACCGACCCAGUGUGUAUGAAUGAAUGAAAACAUUAAUAAAAUAGUCUUAAGCACAAA